CCAGUCUCUCGGCCCAGCUCCCCCGAGAGGCGGCCGGAUCCUCUGGGCGGCUCAGUCGAUGCCUUUGCCCCUGACUUCCAGGCAUGAGGUGGCUCCUGCCCUGGACACUGGCAGCGGUGACGGCAGUAGCCGCGGGAAGCGCCCCGGCCGCGGCCUUCUCUCCAGCCCCCACGGCCAUGGCCUUCACCCCAGUGCCACUGGAGGAUACAUCCUCACGCCCCCAAUUCUGCAAGUGGCCAUGUGAGUGCCCGCCGUCCCCACCCCGCUGCCCGCUGGGGGUCAGCCUCAUCACAGACGGCUGUGAAUGCUGUAAAAUGUGUGCUCAGCAGCUCGGGGACAACUGCACAGAGGCAGCCAUCUGUGACCCCCACCGGGGCCUCUACUGCGAUUACAGUGGGGACCGCCCGAGGUACGCAAUAGGAGUGUGUGCACAGGUGGUCGGCGUGGGCUGCGUCCUGGACGGGGUGCGCUACACCAACGGCCAGUCCUUCCAGCCCAAUUGCAAGUACAACUGCACGUGCGUGGACGGCGCGGUGGGCUGCACACCCCUGUGCCUGCGCUCGCGCCCCCCGCGCCUCUGGUGCCAUCGCCCCCGGCGGGUCAGCGUCCCUGGCCGCUGCUGCCAGCAGUGGGUGUGCGACCACGACGCCAGGAGGCCACGCAAGACAGCGCAGCGCCACAUCGGCCCCCUAGCGGCCAUAGGUGAGAUGGAGCCGUGGCACGGGAACUGCCUGGCCUACACGAGCCCCUGGAGUCCCUGCUCCACCACCUGCGGCCUGGGGGUCUCUACGCGCAUCUCCAACGCCAACAGCCACUGCUGGCCCAAGCAAGAGAGCCGCCUCUGCAACCUGCGGCCCUGUGACGUGGACAUGCGUCCACACAUCAAGGAAGGGAAGAAGUGUUUGGCCGUGUACCAGCCAGAGGCACCCAUGAACUUCACCCUCGCCGGCUGCAACAGCACACGCUCCUACCGGCCGAAGUACUGUGGGGUCUGCAUGGACAGCAGGUGCUGCAUCCCCUACAAGUCCAAGACCAUCGAUGUCUCCUUCCAAUGUCCCGAUGGGCCUGGCUUCUCCCGCCAGGUCCUAUGGGUUAAUGCUUGUUUCUGCAACCUGAGUUGUAGGAAUCCCAACGAUAUCUUUGCUGACUUAGAAUCCUACCCUGACUUCUCAGAAAUCGUCAAUUAGGCAGGCACAAAACAUGGGGCUCGGGGCCCGGCCCAAUGGUUGCAAAGCCAACCCUCUGAGGACCACAGUUGAGCCUUCUUUGUCCACUUCCCACUGACUUCUAACUCUCCUGAUCCAGAUCCUUGGCCCCCUGUCCUAUCUCCAGCCACCCAAAUGACCCAUUAUGGUGCUGCUCAGGCCCAGAGUAUGAGUCCCCUCCUUGGCAGCAUGCUGCAUACACUCCAGAGAAAGUGCCCAUCUCCAGUGAUUCUGGACAAAACCCAAGCCUGUCCAAGUCACCGGAAGUCUUGCUGGAUCUUGCCGGAGUCCCGAGGAGCAGAAUCAGCUAGGCAUUUAAUAUCACUCAUUCCCGUUCUCGAUGCCAAGCCACAAGACUCUUUGGGUCCAUUCAGAUGGGAUUUAGGACACCGGAGUGGUCUAUCGUCUGGGCCCUGCUAAGGGGCACUCUAAUAGACAGUUCUGACCAUAGCACACGCAAGUAGCUCUGAAUCUGGAGAUUUGUGCACCCUAAGGUCACCAAAUAUUUGCCAAGUGAGGUGAACGGUUGUUUGGUUUUGAUUUUUAAAGGAAAACUGUGUUCAUUAACCCAGGCUUUGUGGAAGUUAAGUCUCUCUUCAGCCCUGCCCUAUAAAGGGUACAAACCGGGCUCGUUCAGGGCAGAAAUGCAAUUUGAUAACUUUCAUUCUUAUUCAUGGGAAAAGUCUCCAGUCAAUACUGCAGGGUCAGAGCAGGGUCAGCCAAUUUUCAGAAGAGGUGAUGGACUAGCAUGAAUCUGCUGCUGACCCACAGGACGCUGGGCAGUUGGCCAACUCUGCCACGCAUCUAGACCCUCUCCCUGCUUGAGGGCUCGUGGGAGUUGGUGGAGCCCUUAGGAUGGCCUCCAUGACCCCUGGGAGUGGCAUCCUGGGACAUUCCUCUGCUCUUGCAGAGCCCUGGGAGACCCAGCUGAUGUCUGGGCCAGCCCCACUUGAAAUAACUGACAUGGUUGCAAGCUGUAUGUGGGUCAAACCAAGAAGUGGAUCCACUCGGCAUCAGCCUAGGGCAGCAGGGUCAAGUCACAUACUGGGCACAGGACACCUCUCCUUCUGCCACAAGGACCCCUUCCAGAGACUUCGGGUCUGUUGACCCAAACAACCCAGUUCUGGUGUGAAGAUAGAGGCUUACCAGUUGUUUAGAAACAGAAAUAUAUUUAACCAGAAUUAAAAGCAAAAAAAGGGGUUGGAGCUUAAAAGGAACAGAAAGUUGUUAUGAGUGGAAAUGAGGCUAUUAUUUAUCUUAUUAGUAGAAUAUAAAUAUUUACUGUUAUAAUUCUUUUAUUUAGUCCCUUUUGUGUACUAAACAUAGUUCUCCGUGCUAUAUGUGUGUUAGCUCAUGGAGAAGCUUUGCAAUCAUGCUGAAAAGUGCCCAUUAUUAUUUCUAUUCUUACAAAUGUGAAACGGAAGCUCAGAGAGGUAUGAGCCUUGACCAAAGUCGCCCGGCUGGUGAGUGGAGGAGCAGGGAUUCUAAUCCAAGUCCGGCUGACUUUCUAACCCAUGUUGCUGGCCCUACGCUUAGAGCUUCCAGACGUGUCGAGUAGGAAAAUAUGUCCGCAUCACCGACUUCACGCUCUCGUUUUUCACUCUUUUUACUGUCUCUCUGGCUCCUUUCCUAAGAGAAGAGUAUCUGACUUUCUGAUAAUUUAGGUGCCUGAGCGUCCAAAAAUAUAUGGGCUAGACAAAAACCCACGAAUCCCCUACCGAUACCCCCUCCCUCAAAUCAGAACUAGCUCUCAUCGUGCAUUUAAAAGACAAUUUUGUUUACCCAAUGCUGCAGAUGAGGGAUGUGUGGGCUAUUCCCCAGGGAAUUCUGUGUGGUGUACAGAGGAAUUCUGUAGCAGGACCAAAGGACCGGGAAGGUGCCCUCCUGACUGUGACCUCCCAUUGCUUGGCCCAGUACGAGGCCUACAGCGGUGCUCAACACGUAUUUGAUGAAUAAAAGAACCUGUGUAUGUUUUCCUACUUUUACUCAGAGGCUCUCUUCUUCCAAAGGUAUGUGCCAAUCUAAUUUUCAUCAGCCAAAUCUUAUUUUAAGUAUCAUAGGGAAAAGAGACAUUUAAUAUUUAAAGAAAUGUAUAUUUUUAUUGAAAAAAAAAAAGAAUUCUUGUGUGAAGAGCAUUCACCCCACGAAUAGGUUCUCCAAAAAACCCUUGUGUGGAUCUAUGUUGGAUUUCCUCAGAGUGAAAUCUAUAAAUUAAGAGGACCGGAUGACAGCUAACCACAUUUGAAAUUCAGCAGAAACCCAAGAGCUAGGUUCUUAAUGAGUUUGCAUCUCAAUUUGGGAAAAUGAGUGUGGCUUCCAAGAGUCUAGGAAGCCAGGUUGGAGGAAUCUGGGAUUAUCCUGGGACUGAGUGGGCCAGAGUGGCCCCAGUUGGCAUUUGAGAAACAGACCUGUCCUAUGCAGGGGAGGUCUCAGCUCCAGGUUUUGAAGUCAUGCGGAAGGAAGUUUGGGACCAAAUUAAGGAAGAUCUUUCUAGCAGCCAUAAUCACCCUGCCCUGGUGUGACCUACUUCAGUGAAAGUAAAGAAUAAUAAUCACAAUGCAAAAAUGUCCCCAUAUUGAAAGCUUAUGUGGUGCCACUCACUUGGCUAGCUUUUAAAUUAUCUUACUAAUUAUCACUACAAUUGUGAGUAAGCCUCUUGUCCCCAUUUUAUACACGAAAAAUUUGAGACUCAAAGAGGCUGAGAAAUCGGCCAAAACAAGUUGGAGCCCAGAUCCCUGUUUAUUCCACUUGACCUUGCUCCCGGGGAGACCUCCAGGCCUCCGAGUGUCUCACUGGCAGGGCAUCCAGUAGAUGAGAUAGACGGUCUCUCCAGUCCUUUGUAGCUCCAUGCUGCAGGACGAGGGAAAGAUAUGCUAAGGAUUUGUUAGCCUUCGGGGAAGAAACUCACAUUAGUGCUUAGAGUGAAUUUCUCUGGUAUGCUCAGGUGGGAAGAGAGAGGAAACCUACAUUCACCAAACCACCGCUUCUUGCUAAACCUUUAUCCUCAGCCUUUGGGGAGGACCCCUGAGUGCUAGGCCCGGGCUAGGUGCUUCACGGCUAUACCUUAUUUAAUCCUCAUAGCAAACCUAUGAGGUAUGGCAUUAUAAUCAUUUCCCUGUUUUAGAGCUAAGACACUUGGGCUCAUAGAGGUUAAGUUAUUUGCUCAGUGUCUUACCAGUUAGUGAACUGUGGACCAGGAUUGCAAACCAGGGUCCAUCUGACACCUGAGCCAUCUUUCCUGACACUAAGCCCAGUUAGCAUGCCCCCCAAUUCAAAAGGUACAAGAGAUGCUUUGCUGACACCAGGACAAUAAUUGCAAUGUUAAUUUCAAAGUGAUUCAGAGAGUGAGCAAAGAAAGUAGAUUUGAACGAUAUGAUCCAUCUGAUAUAAUCUCAUUAACAUUGUACUGUGUUAGAGAUAAUGGGGAAGCAAUGUAGCCCCUGACUAUUACAUCGAAUUAGGUCACUGCUUUUUUAAAGACUUAUCUUGAUCCAAAGUAAGUAACUGCAAUAAGCCUGCACAGCUGGGACUCAUGAACGGUCAGAAUGGUCACCUGUGUAUCUCUGCACAUACACAUAUGUGUGUGUGUAUGUGUGUCUAUAUAUACGUAUGUCUAUAUCUAUUUUCAGACUGUGACUUCAUAUUUAAGUAUUCCUACCGCCACUUUUCCAAGUGACUAAAAAAUACAAAAGAAGGAAUGUCUUGGAAUUUCCCAAUAGGGGGAAAAUAGCACUUGGGCAAUCUGUCAUGUUUUACAACAUUCCUCAUUUUUCUCAUGAUUUGUGUAGCGUGGAACGUUUGUUCAAUGUGAAGGAUUUUCAUCGCUCAAAUUCCCUGUUUAUGCUUUUCUCCUUAAAGCAAUAAAUCAUCAGCAAAAUCACUUUCUGGAUCUGGUGGAUUUUCUUGUACAUUCAGUUAUGAGGCGCAACGACGGAGUGUUGAGUAUGUUCAAUGAAUGUGCAGAUGGUGGAAAGUAGGUCCCAGAUAUUUUAUGUAUGGUAAUAAAAAUAGCUAGAGGUUUGGAGAUGGGCUCAGAAGGAUGAAUUCUGGAAUUCACAAAAGAUAGGCACUACAAAUGGGUCCAGGCUGGGAGACGCCUCCCGUAAACAUAAAAAGGAAACUUCAGCAUUUAUGGGUUUAUUCGUUCAUUCACUGACUCAUUUAUUCAAUGCCUUUCUACAUCUCCAGCUAGACUGUGGGUACCUUGAGGUCAGGGACUAUGACUGUACCCUCUGGGCCUAGCACAGUGCAUGGCACGUGUCAGGGACCGGGUAAGCAGGGGUUGGAUGCAUGGAGAGAUGAAUAGGAUGGCUAUCUUUUGCUGGCUGCCUUAGGAACCCGUGGGAGUAGAGAGAAGUGUAAGGAAGCUUGCAGGAUAAAAUGGAAAUGGCUCUGACUUUGGGAGUCAAGUGGGCCUUUUUAUACUCUAUUCCUUACUGGGAUUCUUCCCCGAGCCCCCCUGAGCCUCAAUUUCUUCAGCUGUGAAAGGCAGAAAAUCAUAGCACCUACCUCGUGAUGGUGUUGAUGUGUGAGUAAAAUGCAAAUGGCGCACAGUGUUAGAACAGAGCUCGGCACGCCGUAAGCGCUUAACGAAACCAGUUAUUAUUGGCUGAUUUUCCA